AUGAGUGGCAAAAUGAUGAUCUACAAGCUUGUGGUGCUGGGAGAUGGAGGUGUAGGAAAGACGGCGUUGACCAUCCAGCUCUGUCUCAACCACUUUGUCGAGACGUACGACCCGACCAUCGAAGACUCGUAUCGCAAACAGACCGUGAUCGACGACCAACCAUGCAUGCUCGAAGUACUUGACACGGCUGGUCAGGAGGAGUACACUGCGCUUAGAGACCAAUGGAUCCGCGAAGGAGAAGGUUUUCUGCUCGUCUAUUCGAUCUCGGCGAGGGCGACGUUUGAACGUGUAGAGCGAUUCCGCAGCCAAAUCUCGCGCGUCAAGGACCAAGAGCCACAUACAGUGCCCAUCAUGCUGGUUGGGAAUAAAUGCGACAAGGUGAAUGAGAGGGAGGUAUCAAGAGAGGAGGGGCAAGCGCUUGCGCAUCGACUAGGCUGCAAGUUUAUCGAAUCGAGCGCAAAGACGUGUGUCAACGUCGAACGUGCUUACUACACCGUGGUUCGCAUGAUCCGCGAACAGCGCGAAGGUACGGUAACGCACAAAAAGGAGAAGAAGAAGUCAAAAUGCAAUAUCCUUUGA